AUGCGUCAGUUCCGUGAUGAUUGGUGGUGUAGGUGGCGAUGGCGGUAUAGGGGAAUUGAGAUUAAGGAUGGUGGAGGGGAAUUGAGCUUUCGGGCAACUGGACAAGUGUUUUCGACCGUUCAGUAUUGUGAUCGGCAGAAAAGGUUCAAUGAGUUUGUGUUCAACGGAAGGAACAAACCCAACUUUUCUCUCUCUACAACCUUCAGAUGCAACCUCUCCGCACCAGCCACGGUCGCUGACCUCGGCCCCGGCUUUGACUUCCUUGGUUGCGCCGUUGAUGGCAUCGGCGACUACGUCACUUUGCGAGUCGAUCCCGACGUCCAUCCUGGAGAAAUCUCCAUCUCCGAGAAACUCAGCAAAAACCCUCUAUGGAAUUGUGCCGGAAUCGCCGCCAUUUCCGUCAUGAAGAUGCUUAACAUUCGAUCGCUGGGCCUUUCUCUUUCCCUCGAGAAAGGUUUGCCGUUGGGAAGCGGCCUCAGAUCCAGCGCCGCCAGUGCCUCCGCGGCAGCAGUCGCGGUGAAUGAGCUUUUUGGUGGCCCGUUGUCUGUGUCGGUUCUCGUCCUUGCUGGACUCUAA